AUGAAAUUAAUCUUAUUUUUUAUCAUCUAUUUUCACGUUUAUACAAUUAAUUCGACUGAUUUAACCAAUUUAACUCCCGGUCAAGCUGUACUCUGGCUAGAAUCAUUCCCAGUUAUACGUCAAACAUUUGUUGAGAUAUUUCAAUUCGGAGAACAAUUUGAAAUUCCAUUACAAGGUGGUCCAAUUAUUGUUAAUCGUCGAAAUUUAUUUAAACAAACGAUAUACGGUGUUGUACAAUCAUUUGUUUAUAAGAACGAACAAAAUCCUCGAUAUCCAAUCAUUUAUGACUUAUGUCAUGGUACAAUUGAUGUUGUAAGAGCAUAUCACAACAUAGCUGGUACAUAUUUAUAUACUACUAGCACAGAAUCGAAUGCAUUAUCAAUUAUUAUCGUUUCAAUUACAAAUUCGGUAGAAUGGUACAAAUAUCAUGAAACGGGUAGAAUUGAACAAUAUCAAUUUAAUCCAUUAACAGUAACAGAGAUAACAAACAAUACAAAUCUAAAAUUAGUAUUUGAAAUAACAUUUCAUUUUAAUUCUGAAAGUGAUAUUAUCAUAUUGAAUGAAAAGGUGAAUAAUAUCAUUAAUAAAGUAAAUGUUACAAUUUCAGAUGAUACACAAUUUCCAUUUUUAAAAACGAAAAAUUUAAAAUGUAGAAAACAUCAACAGUAUGUUUACAAUGAAAUAAGACAGAUGGUAUUGGCAUGUAUAACUGAUGUUAUUUUUACAUGUCCGAAUCAAUGUUGGGUCUAUAAUAAAAAAUUAGAUAUUCGUGUAAUAAUGGAUUCAUACGUAUUUGCUAGUGAACGAACAAUUUCAUUUGUUAUUAUACCCUAG